AUGGCCACACCGCUAACAGGUAGCAGGAAGCGGAAAGCGCCCGCCAUCGAGGGGGCCGACGCGAGCUCUUUGUCCGAGGGUCCGCUACAGCCCAAGAGGCAGAAGCGGCUGGUGACCCGGCGCUCGCUGGUAUACUACCUGAAGGGCCGCGAGUGGGGCACGCAGAGCUGGGAGGGGCUCCAGGGCUUCGAGGAUGAGCUGUGCCGCUACACAGUGCAGAGGCUGCCGGAGCUGCUGCAAGAGCGCGAGCUGGCCCUGGGCACCCUCAACAAGGUGUUCGCGUCUCAAUGGCUGAACGCCAGGCAUGUGGUGUGCGGCACCAAGUGCAACACGCUCUUCGUGGUGGACGUGCUGUCGGGCCAGAUCACUCGCAUCCCGCUCAUGCGGGACCGGGUACCCGAGUUGGCCCGGGCCCAGCCGAGCUGCGGCAUCCACGCCAUCGAGCUGAAUCCCUCCAAGACGUUGCUGGCCACCGGGGGCGAGAACCCCAACAGCCUGGCUGUCUACCAGCUUCCCACCCUGGACCCCGUGUGCCUGGGCGACCACAAUGGCCACAGAGACUGGAUCUUCGCCAUCGCCUGGAUGAGUGACACAGUGGCUGUGAGUGGGUCCCGCGACGGCACGUUGGCUCUGUGGAGAAUGGAUCCCGACAUGUUCAACGGCAGCAUCGCUUGGCACAAUGAUGCAGGCCUCCCGGUGUACGCCCACAUCAGUCCGGUGCACGUGGAGACUCUGCCCAGGUCCAGCACCACCAGCAGUAACAUAAAGGUACGAGCCCUGGCCUUCAGUGGCAAGAACCAGGAGCUGGGAGCAGUGUCCCUAGAUGGCUACUUUCACCUGUGGAAAGCCCAGAGCACCCUGUCCAGGUUGCUGUCUAUCAGGCUACCCUACUGCCGAGAGAACGUGUGCCUGACCUACUGUGACGAGUUGUCCCUGUACGCAGCGGGCUCCCAGUCCCACGUCUCUUUCCUGGAUCUGCGCCACGGUCAACAGAACAUUCGGCCACUGUGCUCCCGAGAGGGCGGCACUGGUGUGCGCUCAUUGAGCUUCUAUCAGCACAUCAUCACAGUGGGUACUGGCCAAGGCUCUCUGCUCUUCUAUGACAUCCGCGCUCAGAAGUUCCUGGAGGAGAGGGCCUUGGCAGGCCAGGACUCCUUCCUGGAACCCACAGGGAGGAAGCUCAAGCUCACCUGCGGCAGAGGCUGGCUGAACCACAACGACCUGUGGGUGAACCACUUCGGUGGCGUGGAUGAGUUCCCCAACGCAGUCUACACCCACUGCUACAACUGGCCAGAGAUGAAGCUCUUUGUGGCUGGGGGGCCUCUCCCUUCAGGCCUCCACGGGAACUACGCAGGCCUCUGGGGCUAAGGGUGGCCACUGUGAUCUCCAAGUGCCCAGAUUUUCCUUCUUCUCCCCUCUCAUUUUCCCUCUUCACACUGCGUUUGUGCAUAUAACUCAGUGUGGCUUUUAUCCUCCCAGUGGAAUUGUCCAACUUAGUUGUGCUUUGUGUAUUAAACAGAGAGGGGUGGGGGAGAGGAGGAGAGUGUUGUCCUUCAGGCAAUCAAAAAACUUAGCUUUAAUACUUUUCUACACCUCUUCAACACCAUCUUUUUGAAUUCUCAUACCAAGAUUUUUGGCUAAUUCUUAGUUGUGUCUUUUCUUUGAAUCAUUUAUGUAUUCUCUCUAAUGCCAUAUAGUCAUGGUUUUACAAUUAUGUAUCUUUUUCUUUGUUAUUGCUAUUACAGUAAUAUUGUUUUUAGUUAUUUUUCAUUGAAGAUAGAUGCUAUAUAAGAACAUUUUUAAACUGGGUUUGUACAUCCAUUCUGGAAGGCUAGCCAUAGUUUUAUGGCAUUGUUCCAAUUGGAAACUACAUUCCAAGUUCUAGAUUAUCAACUUUUAGAAACAUUCCAUUGGCAAAUUGUAGCCAUAGUGUUUAUAGUUUGUAAGUUGUUGGUGCUAAAUGUGCUUUUUUAAAAAGUUUAUUCUCUUAAAAAAGUUAUUAUAGAGUCUUAGUUUUUGUACCAAAAUCUCAAUUGGUCAGAACACUUUAGGAAUGCAAGGUUUCUGCUGAUUCAAUGUUCAGAUUAAGUGCAAACUUAAUCAGUCUUUUUUUCCUCUUCAACCCUUACUUAAGUUUCUAUGACCUGCUGUUAAAUAAAUAAAUGAUGGUGUAUUUUUUCACUUCUUGCCUUAGUACCAUCAAGAUGUGUGGAUAUAUUUGAAUAUUUGUUUCUUAAGGGAUAUGCACAGAGCUUCAGUGCCACCUUUCAAAGCAGGGAUUGUAAAUGUAAAAAUGUAGCAUGUAUGGCAAGCUGGGAGGAAUUUAUACUGAUCCAGGAUAAAAACUAGAUAAUUUCACUAUUGCUGUUUUUAAUACCAAAUAUUAUAUUAGAGCAUAUUUAAAAUUUUCCCAUUCUGCUUAACAGUUAAAUCACAGGAAAGAAAAAAACUCAAAGAAGAAAAAUGACCCCAGUCCCUACUCCUUUUGAAAGAUUCUUAAUUUGUAAAGUCUAAAUUACUAUUAUUUUAUCAAUUUCAAAUAUUCUUACCUAAAGUGAAUAAAUAUAUUGUGAAAAGUAGUGAGAUUAUAAACCCCAUGUAAUAAUAAACAAUUAUCAAGGACACAAAAAGUUUGUUUCAAGAAGAUGGGCUAGAGCUAAAAGUAAAUAAGAUUAGGAUGAAGAAAAGUACUUUGGGGCUCAAAUGCAAAUGUUGGGUUGUUAAGAAAACAGGUUGUACUUUUCCCUUAGUGAGAAUAUUAGAAGUGGGAAAGGAGAUUGGCCCUUCCUCAAAACUGGCCAGAUUGUUCUCACCUUGGAUUAGUGUUGUGUUAUAUCUGUUUUUCCUUAAAUGUUUGGCACUCAGAUGCUGCCUUGAUGUUCAGGUACUACAUGCUGUUCAGUUGCAAAUCUGAACCAAGUAAUAUAAUGAGCUGUACUAAAAGUGAGUUAAAAAUACAGAGGGAUUGGGGGUAAAAGGCAGAAAACUGUACUUGAAAAACAAUUUAAAAAAUAAAUAAAU